CUUCUCUCUAUCUCUCUCUUUCCGUACCAGUUUUUGCUGGAAGAAGAUUGAAUCCCGUUUGGAUUCUCACGACGGUGUCUUCCUUCCUUCAUCCACUCAUUCCUCCUCUAGUAAACAACUGGUUUGAACUGGCAUCCUUAACAAGAAUUUGGCAGCAAAAGCCUCUUAUGAUAUGUCUCACUGUAAACCAUGGAAGUGGAGUUUGAGUUUCAUAUUCAUUCUGAGCUUCCUAUUUACAUCCACCAUAUCAACUAACCAAGAACUUCAGUUCCCUUGCAAGCCACCUCAACAUAACUCCUACCCUUUCUGCGACACCUCCCUUCCCAUCCAAGCUAGAGCCGAGUCCCUUGUCUCCUUCUUGACCCUUGAGGAGAAGAUCAAACAGCUAUCUGAUAAUGCCUCUAGUAUCCUUAGGCUUGGCAUACCUGCCUAUGAGUGGUGGUCAGAGUCCCUCCAUGGAAUUGCCAAAAACGGCCCUGGUAUCAACUUCAAUGGGACAAUUUCAUCUGCCACUAGCUUCCCACAAGUCAUCCUCACCACAGCUUCUUUUAAUAGAAGCUUGUGGCGGUCAAUUGCAUCGGCCAUUGCUGUGGAGGCUAGAGCAAUGUAUAAUGUUGGUCAGGCCGGUUUGACCUUUUGGGCUCCCAAUGUAAAUAUCUUUAGAGAUCCCAGAUGGGGGAGAGGUCAGGAGACACCCGGGGAGGACCCAAUGGUUGCUUCUGUCUAUGCUGUCGAGUAUGUGAGGGGGUUUCAGGGCGGGAGCGUUCUUGCUAGUGCUCAUGCGGAUACUGACAAGAGCAUUCUUACUAGUGAUGAUGACGAUGCUGAAUUGAUGUUGUCUGCAUGUUGCAAGCAUGUCACUGCCUAUGAUUUGGAAGAUUGGGGGUCUUUCACCAGAUAUAACUUCAAUGCUGUGAUCACAAACCAAGAUUUUGAGGAUACUUAUCAGCCGCCAUUCAGAAGUUGCGUCGAACAGGGUAAAGCGAGCUGCUUAAUGUGUUCGUAUAAUGCAGUCAACGGCAUACCUGCUUGUGCACGAGAGGACCUCUUACAGAGAACACGAGUUGAAUGGGGUUUCAAAGGAUAUAUUGCCUCAGAUUGUGAUGCUGUUGCUACUAUAUACGAAUAUCAAAAAUAUUCGAGAAGCCCAGAAGACGCAGUUGCAGAUGCUUUAGGAGCAGGAAUGGAUAUCAACUGUGGUACAUAUCUUCUUCGGCAUACCCAGUCUGCUUUAGAACAAGGGAAAGUACAAGAAAAAGACAUAGAUAGAGCCCUUGUAAAUUUAUUUUCAGUUCUAAUUCGCCUUGGCCUUUUUGAUGGUGACCCUAAGAAAGGAAAGUUUGGGAAGUUAGGACCUAAAGAUGUUUGCACUUUGAAGCACAGGGAAUUAGCUCUUGAAGCAGCAAAGGAAGGCAUUGUGCUCUUAAAAAAUAAUGAUAAAUUUCUGCCUCUAGCAAAAAGGAGUAUAUCUUCAUUAGCUAUCAUUGGUCCUCUAGCUAAUCAAACUGAAUUGGGUGGUGGAUACACAGGAAUCCCGUGUGAGCCAAGGAGCAUCGUUGAUGGAAUGCAAAGAUACGUAAAGAAAACAACAUAUGCCUCCGGUUGUGUUGAUGUAUCUUGUGCCACAAAAGCCGGUUUUAGUGAAGCUCUAUCUGUUGCGAAAGAAUCUGAGUUAGUCGUCAUUGUUGUUGGACUCGAUUUGAGUCAAGAGACUGAAGAUCAUGAUAGACGUAGUCUUCUUUUGCCUGGUUAUCAAACGGACCUUGUCAACUCAAUUGCGUCUGUGAGUAAAAAACCCGUGAUUUUAGUUCUAACCGGAGGUGGACCACUUGAUGUGUCUUUUGCUAAGGAAGACCCAAGAAUUGCAAGUAUACUUUGGAUUGGUUAUCCUGGAGAAACCGGUGGGAAAGCUCUCGCUGAGAUCUUGUUUGGAGAUCAUAAUCCUGGUGGAAGAUUGCCUGUGACAUGGUACCCGGAGUCAUUCACAAAGGUACCAAUGAGCGACAUGAACAUGCGAGCAGAUACUUCUCGCGGUUACCCUGGUAGAACAUAUCGGUUUUACACAGGUGAAAGAGUAUACGGAUUUGGGUACGGUUUAAGUUACUCGAAAUUCUCCUACAAGCUUCUGUCUGCCCCACCAACAACACUCAGCUUAUUAUCAACAGGAUCAACCGAACUUGAUUCUUUUUCAAAACGGGCUAGGAGGAGCGCCUAUGGAAUCAACCACGUUCAAAUCGAUGAUAUGAAACACUAUUGUGAUUCAUUGAGAUUCCCGUUUGAAAUAUUGGUGACUAACAAUGGAGAAAUGGAAGGGGGGCAUGUGGUGAUGUUGUUUUCAGGAUCCCCGAAAGUGUUGGAAAGAAGCGGGAGGAGUCCGGAGAAACAGUUGAUUGGUUUCGAAAGGAUUGAGACAGUUCCUUAUGUGGGUGUAAAGGUAAGGAUGAUGGUUGAUCCUUGUGAGGAUCUUAGUAUUGUGAAUGAGGAUGGGAAGAGAGUGUUGGCAUUAGGUAAUCAUUCUCUUAUGAUAAUGCAGCAGUAUGGGGAGGAUUUCGAGCUGCGUCAUAUUGUUUCAAUAAUUCUGUAAUUAUGUCCCUUUUUUAUUUGGCAUAUUUAUGCUAUAGCUGAAUUCCAUUUCACCCUAAUAAAGAACCCUUCAUAUCC